GACCAACCCCCCCCCAAAAAGGACCAGAUCUCCGGAGCUCCGGGUCGUGACGGAGGAGGAGGAGACGCCGGAAAACACGACUCCCACAGCGGGGGGAGGGAGAGGGGGCGGGUCCUGGACCCUGCAGGUCCCUGGGGUGCUGCUUCCUGGGACCCUGGUCUGUCCGGGUCUAAUGAGACUGUUAAUUAAUGGCGUCUCCAUGGAAACGAGGCGUCACGACGCACAGAGGGAGGAGGAGCAGGUCUGUAUAAAGGAGGCGGCGGGACCCGGAGCAGGACACGGACCCUGAAGCUCCGGACCCCGAAGAUCUGUCUGCCGCUGAGCCGAACCCGAUCCACCGCCUGCACGAGACAUGCUGCACGAGGCUGCGCAUCACCUCCACACCUACAACAGUGAUCCAGAUCCGUGUGCCCUGAUGAAACACAGAUCGACUCCGCAGAUCGACCUGAACGAAGGUUCUGGUCCUGGAGUUGUCCGGCGGAUCUUCACCAACAGGCGGGAACGUUGGCGGCAGCAGAACGUUAACGGAGCGUUCGCCGAGCUGCGACGCCUCAUCCCCACCCACCCCCCCGACAGGAAGCUCAGCAAGAACGAGAUCCUGCGCCUCGCCCUCAGGUACAUCAACUUCCUGGACCAGAUUCUGAUGGACCAGGACCUUGUGGGGGCCCCCCGGGGCCGAGCAGAGAGCCUGGAGCGGGACGGGGUGCCGUCGCCAAACUCCAGCUGUGAGAGCUCGACGGAGGGAGACUCAGAUGGUCUGAUGGAGGAGCAGGACUGUGGAGGUCUGGGUCACCUGCAGUACCCUCACCUGCCACCGAGCUACAGCUGAUCAGAUCCAGCAGAGACCAGGAGGAGGACUGAUCUUACAUGUUGGCUCCAGGAGAGUCGAGUCAGACUGACGCUGGAAACAUCCAGCAGCUGCUGUAAACCAGUUCUGGUGGUUUUUAUUUCAUCAGGUUCAGGAGUCAUGUGGUCCUUUACAAACCUGAGACUCUGACUUAAGACUUAAGACUUAAGACUUAAGACUGGGACUGGGAAUGGGGCUUGAGACUGAGUCUGAGACCGAGUGUGAGACCUGACACUCAGUCUUGAGACUCAGACUAGGAUGUAAGACUGAGACUUAAGACUUAAGACUGGGACUGUGACUGAGUCUUGAGGCUCAGACUGGGACUGGGACUGAGGAGGAUCUGGGUCUGUGUGAUAUUCACAUGUAUGUUUGCUGUGUUAAUGUGUUGGUCUCUGUGUUCAGUCAGAAACAGACGACAUGUUUUUAUCUUCAGUUAUUUUGGUGAAUUUCUGCGUCUGAGCAGAAAAACGUCUGUAACCAGAUUCAGUUUCUUUAAUGUUAAAGGAACGUUUGGUUUUUUAUUGUUUCAGCUCUUUGAUAAAAACCUGUGGUUUAUCGUCUCUGUUGUAAAUAAAAAGUCUUUUUACUGUAA